AUGUCUGGGAAGUAUGAAUGCAUGAGCUUGCUCGGCAAUGAUAAGAAGAUUUUGCUUCACACAUUACCAGCUAAGCUACGAACAGUAAUCCAAGAAGAAUCAUGCAAUGAGGUAAUUAAAAUUUGGGAAGAUUUUCAUAAUCUUUACAAAACAAUUAGUAAAGCAAAUCCCACUUCAGAAGAUGUGGCUAGAUAUUUUGAAAAUUCCAAGGCAUGGGUGGAACAAUUUGUCUCAUUAAGUGCAAAGCAAAAAGGAUAUACCAGAGCAAGGGUUACACCUUACAUGCCUUACUUACCACAGUUCAUCAGUUUGUACAAAACAGUUACACUGUUUUCAGGUCAGGGCGUAGAAAAGAACAAUGAUGUUGUUCUCAGGAAAUCAAAUAAGUGGGAUUGUACGUCUGAUGCUUUAACGUUAGAGUCCAGUCAGCAUGAGUGUCAAAAGAAAGCGUAUGAAAAAGAGGAUGAAGAUUAUUGGCAAAAAGGAAUUUUGGAAAAAAGGCAGCAAAAAAGGAAUAAAAGUGUGUAA